AUGUCUCAACUCAUCAACCCAAAUCCUGAUGUUUUUGCUGCGCAACUCAUUACCCGUGAUGCGAGCACGGAAAAUGAAAAGGAUGAAGAUUUUACUGAUGAAUUUGAUGCUCUCGAAGUCUAUGAUUUGAUCCGAAAUAUUAAUGAUCCAGAGCAUCCUCUUUCAUUGGAACAAUUAAAAGUCACUCAACACGAUCUCAUCCAUGUUGACAACAAGAAUUCUACAAUUUUAAUUUAUUUUACACCAACGAUCACACAUUGCUCAAUGGCCACUCUUAUCGGACUGAGUAUUAGAGUUAAAUUAUUACGAAGUUUACCAAAAAGAUUUAAAGUCGACAUCAAAAUCACACCCGGAACACAUCAAUCGAAGAUCAGGUGA